GCUGGAACCAUAGCCCACAUCCGCCCGCGCCUCACCGAGACGCGUUCGAAGCGGUAGCUCACUGCCGACAAGCUCAACCCGGACGCGUCCAACCGACAUCCAACCUUCGAGACGAUCACAUAUGCACUCUGCGCAGUGCGAGCGCGCCGGCGCAGCCAAUUGAUGCGCCUUCGCUCCUUUCUGGUACCUAUGGCGCAAUGCCCACCCUUCAUGUAACGCCCGACGGGCACGACAGCCUGCAGGCGAUCGCGGAUGCCCUGUGCAAGGCCCGCAAGGUCGUGGUGAUCACCGGCGCCGGAAUCAGCACCAACUCGGGCAUACCAGACUUCCGUUCCGAGAACGGGCUAUACUCUCUUAUCCAAGCGCAGUUCGACCAUGCCUCGAGUGCUUCUGCCUCGCAGCCAACGACGGCUGCUGGAUUUCUAGACGCCGCGCCGACCACCGCUCCCCCUCUAUCGGCCGAUGCCACACUUGGACGCGAGGACGACCUUGACCGAGACCGGGCUACGAAGAGGCGAAAACUUUCACCAGAACCGACAAACCCCCAUGACGAGCCAUCUACGGAGCUCCAGGAGGACACACAGCCUCGAGAGAGCCAUGAAACUGUACUCUCAAAUCCUACGUCACCCAAGCCUGUCCUGAAGGAACCGACAGAAGAGCUGCCGUCGCAGUCGGUCGAGGCGCCGCCGCCACAACAGCCCCCGAUCUUUCCAUCAAUAUACGACCUCCGGGCCCGGCAGGCGACAUCGCCGCUGUCCUCCCCUCCCCCAGGCCUUUUCGAUCCCCUUGGACGUCAGUCGAUGAGCCCGACGGCUAGCACCCGAAGCUCGGAACCAACCGAAGGCGACGAGACGCCGCCAUCAUCGGCGCCCAUGUCCCAGUCCGCGUCCUCGCACAACAUGCAGAACCUGCCAAACAUGAAGGGCAAGGAUCUUUUUGAUGUGUCGAUAUGGCGCGACCCCACGCGAACGUCGGUGUUCUACACCUUCACCACCUCGUUGAGGCGCAAGGUGAAGAGUGCCGAACCGACCAACACACACCAUUUCCUUGGUCACCUCCGAGAUAGGGGCAAGCUAGUCCGCUGCUACACCCAGAACAUCGACGAGAUCGAGGAGAAGGUCGGCCUCACGACUUGCCUGAAGCUUGGCCCGGGUCAUCGAGGCAGGUUUUCCACUCGCGCUCAUCGAGCCUCGGCCCCGGCUGCCCUGAACCGGGCCAUGAGCGACCCUGGAGCUCUCGAGGCGCCGCGCGAGAAGCACUCAAGCGGGGUCGAGUGUGUCUAUUUGCACGGUUCGCUUAGUUCGCUCCGUUGCUUUGCAUGCGGUAGGAUCAGCGACUGGGAGGACGAGCGCGAGAGCGAAACCAUGUCUGGCAAGCAGCCUGCCUGUCCGCAUUGUGUUGGUGCUACUGCCGCAAGAGAGGGCCGUGGGAAGCGCGCGCUGGGAGUCGGCAAACUACGGCCCAACAUUGUGCUCUACGGCGAGGAGCACCCAAGUGCCCACUUGAUUGCACCUGUCGUGCAGCACGACCUCUCGCUGAACCCCGACAUGCUCCUUAUCCUGGGAACCAGCCUGCGCGUCCACGGGCUCAAGGUUAUGGUUCGGGAGUUCGCAAAGGCCAUUCACAGCAGGAACGGCACGGUCGUGUUUGUAAACCUGACAAAGCCCGCCGAGAGCACGUGGGCUGAUAUUAUCGACUAUUGGGUGCAGUGGGACUGCGACGCUUGGGUCAAUGACGUCAAGGCCAAAAAGCCGGUUAUGUGGCUGCCGCCCGGCGCCGAGCUCCCAGAGCCAGAGAAGCAGCGGAAGGAGAGCAAGCCCAAGGCUACUAAGGCUACCACAGCCUCAAAGAACAAACAGCCCAAGACUUUGGGUUCCAGGAAGAGCAAGGGCUCGCUCUCUCCGCCGAGUGUGGAAGGCUCUGGGACUAUCGCGGCUGAGCAGGACACUUCCCUCGAGGUUCGGGGCACAACCGAUGCCGUUGAUCUUCAGGAGGCCGUUAAUCCGCAGGAGGCCGUUGAUCCUCAGGAGGUCGUGUCAGGUAGCGGCCAGGAAGUGAAGAUGCCUGGGCGCUCUGAUCAGCCGAGGCAGCCCAAGGAGCCGAAACCACCGCCAGUUCGCUUUCCCCAGCUACCGGAUGAUAAAACCAACACAGCCGUCUUGGUGGCAACGCUCCAGGCUCAUCUAGCCAAGAUUGGUCGGCGUCGGAACGACUAUCACGCGUCUAUGCAACAUCCCCUAAACCCCCGGGAUAUCCGAAGGUUGACAUCCCGCAACAGCGCCCUUGCCGGCGACAUGGCCGUGUCUGGAACCCCUGGCAGCGUCCCUGAUGGCCACAGCUGGACCGCAACGCCGACACCCUCGCAUAGAGUAAAGAAGCCCGCCACGAAGCGCAAAUCACAGGUCAAGCUGGAGCUCCCAUCGCCCCUCGCUACACUUCCGACACAAACGGAACACCCCGAUAACUCAUCGCUCAUCUCCAUCAUCCCGAGUGUCAAGAGCGAGGACGCACAGCCCCCUGCAGUGUCGACUGCCAUUCUGUCGGAUGAGGCCGGCGAUUCCAGGGAUUCCAUUGCGGCGGCGAUAAAGUCGAACCCGCGAAAACGGAAGCCAAAGAUGAUUGAUGGCUGCGAGAUCAUAGUUCCUGGCGCACGCAGGUCUAUGGCUCCGGUGCAACCCCCUACUCCGUCGGCUGUGCAGCCGAGUCCUUCCAAUAAGCCUGAAACCUGCGCUACAGAGCCCGUGAUUUCCGGCAUUCCAGAGACAAGGGGCUCUGGCGCUUCCACAAUGCCCGACCUAAACCACGCCUCACCUGCAGCUGGCCCUGGACCCCACGACAAAACUCGGUGUGCAUACCAGGUACCAGCCUUCAUCGUGGCAUCGGCUGGACAAGCAACAGCCUGGGGACCCAGUGUAAUACCACCCGAUGCCCAUAGCGACCUGCCACCGCCCCCCAGGAACCCAUUUUCUGCGAACCCAAUCUCUGCAUCGGACCAAGUACCGACUUUGAGGCCAUCAUCGGCCUUUUCUGCUGUGACCCCUACUCUUUAUACACCGUCAAGACUCGUACCCCGCGUUGGCAGUCGGGAGGCUUGUCACGGCCGCGCACAGCCAAGACGGAAAUCUCUAGCCGCACAAUGUGGCUCUGCCCAGCCCCCACCCUGGUCCGAAGCGCAUAUGCCUAGAUUCGUGGCCGACGACAGCCAGACGCCUCCCGGAUGGCUAAUAGGCCAGUACAGCCGUGACAAACAAAAGUGGAAGGCUCCAGUCAUCUACACUCCCCUUUCGUUCCCACCUACCCCUAUGUCGAGCCAGAGGAACCAGGCAUUCCAACUGACGCAGCCCCUGCUGCAUGUCUACGGAUCAGAGCCCCGGUUCGCGCUUGUUUGCGAGCCGCCACCCAGCCCCUCCUUUGUCAGCGAGCAGGACCGCACAGCCGAGGCAGCGCUCGCUCUCACGUCUAUGAAAGCCGUCCGGCCAUGAUCUCGGUGGCUUUCGGUUAAUUCUCUUGCUCACGCCAUGCCAUGAUGAUUUGGGGUUCGGUUAAUUCUCUUAUUUACGCCACGUCAUGAUGAUCACCGGCGAGUGAUUCGGCUUGUUUGAUUUCCCUGAGCGUGCUUUUACAUCUGGUAUAUAUAGAUUUAUCGCAUAUGCUUGGGCUUGGAAUGGUUUGCCCUCGGCCGGGGCAAGGAAUCACGAAUUGCUUUUAUGAACCUCCACCUUAGAAUACCCUUUUUCUUCGUACAUGACCAUUCAUUUCUUUGUUGUUGGUUGUUGUGGGGGGAAUUUUCGUUUCUUUUUAGGGGGAGGGUUUCUGGUAUCGGUGGCAAGUCUCUCGACACGGCCAAAUCAUGUCGCUACACAAUUUGAGGUCCCCGCUAGUCACCUCGAGCUGCGUCUCGAGAGACGGCACAAACCGGGGACAUUUAGUUGUAGGAUGGUUUGGUGAAGGUCGAGGAACUUUAGGUGGAGAGGUGAGAAGCAACAAGAUCUACAUUCAGUUAGCUAGUACAGUGGUGCCAUUUGGAUGUGAAUAGGUGGUCGA